AAGAUAUCCAUAUCAUUAAAAAUAUCAAGACAUUCAACAUCAUAAUAUUUUUAAUACUAGAUAGUCCUUAUUUUCUUUUAUAUAUUAGGUGGCUUGGUAUCUCUUCACCAGUCAAGCCUCUUCCAUCCAUUUUGAGAAAGCUUUCUAUCAGAGAUUUUAUCUGGCGUUAAACAGUACCGUCUUCACGUCCUCAAGUGCAAAUGAACAAGAAAAAGGGUCUAAAUAAUUCUUGGCUUUGCAUUCACUGGUGCCAGGUCAAUAACUGAGAUACUAAACAUGGAGCAUCUGGGAGGCAGGGGAAUUAGAGAGCCACCUUAGAAAUAGACUAUUUACUUCUUUCCCAUUAUGCUUAGCAUUCGUGGACAUUUGAAAUAAAGAGAUUUUAAUUUAGUGCUAGUUAUACUUCAGAUUUUUGGUGUAGAAUUGACUUUAGAUGCUGGAGUAUUAUUAUCAUAUAUACAUUUUUCUAUUAAUUUUCUUAAAAGUGAAGAAUAAAUUUUAUGCAAAGCUGCAGGGAUGAAUUUUAGAGACUGAUUUAGCCUUACAUGCUUUUGGGGUCACUCCUAAAGGUAUGUGGCAUUGUCAUGUCCUAACCCCUAAGUUGGGGGCGUGACAUAGGAGAUGGUGAAAAAGAUAAACACUGUAGAGAUUCUUAAUGAUGGCUUGAUAAAGAGCCUUCCUGCCGAACCUUUGUCAUGGCCUCAAAUUUUUCAAGUGCCUCAUUUUAUACGCAAGCUAAAUGAAGCAGCCUACGAACCUAGAAUCAUUUCUAUUGGUCCUUAUCAUCGGGGAAAAGAACAUUUAAAGCCAAUGGAAACGCUCAAGUUGCGUUUUUUAAAUGAUUGUCUUCAACGAGAUAAUGACAGUAGUGCUAAAAGAUAUGAGAUGCUCAUGACAAGUAUGAUGAAAGAGGCUCGUAACUUUUAUGCGAAAUCUUUGGUUAUUUCCGAUAAGGAAUUUUUAGACAUGAUGGUUCUUGAUGGAUGUUUUAUUGCCGAGCUAAUUCACAAAAUUCGUAAGCGAAGUUUGCUGCAUGACCCUAUCUUUCGUGUGGAACAGAUUACCGAAAACAUUUUGAAAGAUUUCACACUAGUUGAGAACCAACUUCCCUUUUUUGUACUAUGGGAGUUAUUUGGCAAUAUGUUUGGAGAUCCAAGCCCAUACAUUGUUGUUAUUUUAGAUAUGUUUGAAGGAAAGAUGCCAGGGCUCAGGGUUUCUGAAGGAAAGAGAUACAAUAGAAAUUCAGUGAAAAACGUAAAGCAUCUAGUGGACUUAUUACGCACCAAUUGGCUUCCUUCUGAGGAAUUCCUACGUGGAUACGUGAAAUGGAAAUUAGAAGAUGAACCAAGAAAAAAAACCAAGGAAGAGAAAGAAGAUGCGUCCAAAAAAACCGAGGAAGUGGAAGAAGAUAAUCAGUGGUUACGUUCUGCCACAGAAUUGAGAGAGGCAGGAAUCAAGUUCCAGGUUAAGAAGGUUAAGAAGGGCAGCUUGUUUGAUAUAGAGUUUGAAAAUGGGAAACUUUCCAUUCCAUUUGUGAGAAUUGAUGAUGAUACUGAGGGAUUGUUUCGUAAUAUCAUUGCCUGUGAACAGUUUGACUACAGUGGAUCUCCUAAGUACUUAACUCAAUAUAGAGAAGUCAUGGAUUGUCUCAUCAACACAGGGAAGGAUGUGCAGUUACUUUGUCGCAAACGGAUAAUUGAUAACUGGUUAGGCACUGACGAUGCAGUUGCUGAGAUGUUUAAUACGCUCGGAAGUGAAGUCAUCCUCGACAGAAACAACUUCUUCUAUGAGAAGUUACUUAUUGAUGUCAGAAAACAUUACUAUACAACUUGGAACAAAAGAAAGGCAAGCUUGAGGCACAAUUAUUUCAACACACCAUGGGCGUUGUUCUCCUUUCUUGCUGCAGCUUUCUUGCUUCUACUUACCCUGCUGCAAACAAUAUUCACAAUUAUCCCCCGGUCUUGAAAGUUCCAGAAACCUUUAGUAUGGAGGGAACGGCGUGGAUCAGCAGACAGGACCAAGAUGUGUGAAAAGUUGAAAGUCUAAGAGUAAAUGCAAAGACUGGUUUGAAAUGUUUUCAUAUGGAUCCUUUUGUUUGUGUAAUUUUCAUUUUGCGUCUUGCUUCCCGUGUUUUGUUACCUG